AUGGCUUUUUCAGUUGUUUUACCUACACUUGCGCCAUCAAUAGUAUUUGCAAUCCUUUUUGUAAUUAGUUCCAUAUCCUUGGGAUGGAGGACCUUAGAGCACCGUCGUUACGCUUAUUUUUUAUUUUUCGUUUUCUCUUUUCUUCGAAUUGCCGCAUUUAUUGCUCGUGCAUUGUGGUCACAAGACUAUACUUCUCAGUCAAAAGCAAUCGCUACGGGAGUAAUCACAUCGGGUGGCUAUUUCCUGGCAAUUCAACCUCUUUACACAGUAUUUACUGAAUGGAUUGAUCGAAUCAUCGGUCUAGAAAAUGUAUCAAACCGCGAAAAACUCGUAAUACGUCUCAUUAAGAUCUUAAUUCCAUUAUGCUCACUUAUUGGAAUCGUUGGAUCGGUUAAACAAUUCACUGCUUCUUCACAAGAACAGGCCGACUUGGGAACAGAUUUGAGAAAAGCUACAGCUUUGGGAUUUUUAGGACUGUUAGCAAUUUUGUUAUUUAAUACUUUAAUUUAUGCACAAAGGUAUUCCAAUUCUAUUGAAAAUAAGGGAAUGAAAAGAGUCACCAAGAAAAGUAUAUUGGUGUUGGUCAUCGGCUGCCUAUUGUUGAUUAGUGGAAUGAUUUAUCGAACACUUUCUGUGUUUGAGCCUACCUCCGAUGUGAAUAAAAAAGAAUGGUACAUUUAUGUGUUCGCUUUUGCUCCUGAAUGGAUCCUUAUGAUUUUUGUGAGCGUUAUAAAUCUCGAAGAUCUAUUGGGAAAGGACAACUUUAACUCUGAUGAAGAAAUUAGCAAUAAACGCGAAUUAGCUAAAUAA